CGAUCAUGCUCUCUCUCCCUCCUCCUCCUCCUCCCGUUCCCCGUCGAGGGCGCGCAGAUCAGCGGAGUACUGCGCGCGUGAGUGGCGAGCGUGUCUAACGUUUCUCCUGACAUAUCAACUCCAGGACCAGAAACAAGAGUGAGACUCAUCGACGAGUGAGAAAUCUGAGGGGAAAAGACACAUUUCAAACUGUCGGAGAGUAUUUAUCAACCGUUCUGCAUUUUCCUGUGCUGAUUUAUUUAUUUAUUUAUUUCUUCUUUUGGUUGGUUUCUUUUUGGAAACCAGGAUACCUUUCAGAACAUGCUGAUCGUUGUCGUGGCAGCGCCCCAGCCCAUGUGUUUGUAAGUGUGCGGAAUGCGGUAAUACCAUCCUCUUUUGCCAGCCGCAUUACUACAGCACCCUCUAGGAAGGCCACACCGAAACACUGCAAACUCAAUGUAUGGCUGCUCAGGGGAGCCCCCUGCUGGCCUCAUUACCGGUGCAGGGUCGCCCGCUGCAGACCCCUCUGGACCUGAAACACUUCCUGCCCUUCCGGCUCAGUGGCUCCUCCCCCCUCAACCUGUUCCCCAACUUCAACACUAUGGACCCGGUGCAGAAGGCUGUGAUAAACCAUACGUUUGGUGUUCCUCAGUCCCUGAAGAAAAAACAGGUCAUCUCAUGCAAUAUCUGCCACCUGCGCUUCAACUCCACGAAUCAGGCUGAGGCUCAUUAUAAAGGCCACAAACAUGCUCGUAAGCUGAAGGCAUUAGAGGCUCAGAAGAACAAACAGCAGAGACGACAACUCGAAAAUGCGCAUCACAACCGAGACAGAGAGAAGGACCGAGAGAGGGACAGGGAGAGAGACAGCAGCAGAGUGAAAACGAGCGCUCCGGAUCCACUUCCUGCCCUGCUGGAUGACACCACCAUGGAGGAAACUGCUGUCUGUGACUCAGAUCCUGUGCUGAGGGUGGAUGAUGCUCACUCUAGUUCGGUGGUCCUGACACCUAUAUCAGAGGUCUCGUCUGCAGACCUGUCUGUCUCCUCCCCUCACUUCCAGAACCCGGAGGGUCUGCUGGAACCCACCGGUGCCUCCCUAACCAGCGAGACAGCAGCUCAGCAGGACAACCCUACGGGGGACACACCGGCAGAGAAGGACCCCAAAAAGGCCAAACAACAUCUGCAUUGCCCCAUCUGCAAAGUCACAGUCAACUCCACCAUUCAGAUGGAUGCUCACAAUAGUGGCACCAAACAUAAACUAACGAUGGAAGGACAGAGUGUGUUGCCACGACGACGAGGGAAGACACUGUCAUCCCGCCCCUCAUGUAAAAGCAAGAGAUUGGCCAGUAAGGGGAGUGUGGGCGUGGCCAGCAAGAGCUUCUACUGUGAAGUUUGCGAGAUCCAUGUUAACUCUGAGACUCAACUCAGCCAGCAUAUGAACAGUCGAAGGCAUAAGGAUAGACUGGCUGGGAAGCCCCCGAAGCCCAAGUUCAACCCUCAUGCCAAGAGUCAGCCUACCUCAGCAGCCUCGCAGGGUGUCAGAUGGAACAGUUAUGCGGGAGGCGCAGUGUCUGCUCUGAAGAAAGUUAUCAACCAAUGCAAUCUCUCCUCUCUGUCCUCACAGACUAAACUGGCUCUACAGAAGCAACUGACUAAAAAUUUGACCGCCAGCUUCCUUCCCACCCACAUAACUCCACCCACCCUCUGCACAGUCACAGCCAAUCCUCUCGCACUGCGACACCCACCGGGCACUACUUUCAUUCAGACGCCGAUCCUCGGCCCUGCCCUCUUUAGGCCAGCGCCCGGACCUCUGAGAGCAACACACACUCCCAUCAUAUUUUCCCCUUAUUGAUCACCUCGAAACAAAGCAAGCACGCUCUCACAACAAGGGCCCACAUUCACGUGAUUUAGUCUUACGAUCCGUUCUCAGUACAGACAGUCUCUGUGCAAACUUCGUCCGUGCUCCCGCUCUCUCCAAGCUGUAUACACUUAAUAUAUAAACACAAACACACACUCCCGUAGUGUUCCCUGUCCUCCUCAAAAACUGUGACUCUGAGAGAGUCACUCUUGAACUAUGCAGAAAAGGGAGAGAGAGUGUGUGAGAGAGAGAGAGAGAGAGAGAGAGAGAGAGAUAGAGACCAAGACCAUAUAUGGGAAUAUGGGCGGGGCCUCAUUGAUAACACCAGCCCACUAUGCAGAUGAACGCUUAAAUGACAGGACAAGACUGAGAAAGGAGUGAAAGAGCUAUAAGAAGCAUAUUUAGUUUUGCUUUAUGAGAUAUUUAUCAUUAUACAGAUAUUAAUCAGGUUUUUAUUCUAUAAUUUAUUAGAGGAAAGAUAAUUUUAGAGACCUAUAACUGCGUUAGCUGUUUGUUUAGUGAGGAAAUGCAAACAUCCCUUUACUUGAUGCUUUUAUUUUUAAGUAUUUUAAAUUGUUAUUAGUCUGUUUUCUUGUCGUUCCACAUGGAUAUAUUGCCGUUGGUCUGUGUAUUCGCACACAUUUUGAGUAACCUCAUCUGACCGGCUUUUGUUUUAAACACAAAGCUCAUUGGUCUGUCAGUUUACAGAUGCCAAGGCUUUCUGUCAUGGGUAAUCACAGAAUAACACAGAGUACCAGUCUAAUAUACGAACUUGACAGUUUGGUAGCAAGGCAACACACACACACACACACACACACACUCGCUCCCAAUCAGUGUCGUAAUUUUCUCAGUGUUGAUGCAUAGAUUAGAUGAUUUGAGAUUGCAGAUGCACACACACACACACACACACAACCUCAGAUGAGAUGAUUACGGUUCAGUCACAGUUUGACGUGGCCUUUUAUGUCUGCAUAUUUCACUCUCAGUAUUUCCUCAUUACGGCCUGACAAAGGUCAGUGUGCCUGUCAAAAAUCUGUCCGCAUCCCAUCUUGAUUAAGAUCUUAAACCUCACCAUGUUAUUUGCUUGUGUGUGUGUGUGUGUGUGUGUGUGUGUGUUUGAUCCAAAACCUGUCAUGAGUUCAUUACUCUUGAUCUUAUUCAGAAUAACAUUUUCGAUUCUGGAAGCAUCAUUGAUUUAUUUGCACAGAGGAGCCAUUGCCAAAACAUAAUAAUCAUAAUGGCGGUGACUGAAAAUACAUCAGUACUGUUAAAAUGAGGAUGCAGGUGGAAUUCAAGAUUACACGUGAAUAGCAACGUGUUAAAUUUCAGAUAUAUUCAACUCUCCUGCUACAAGUAUAUACAAGUAUUCCUGUCAGUCUGAACAAUGUCACAUCGCUUUGCCCCAGAUGGUUUUGGAUGGACUAAGACUGAUCUUCUGUCUUCAGACAUGUAGAAUUAGACAUUACUGUUGAGUCUAUGUAGUUUGAUUGGAACCAUUUUUCAUCUGAUUUUUUUUUUUAAACCUGCCCUAGCAUACAGAGCUUUUUGUAAAUAUUUUAUGAAUACAGCUUUUAAAAGUGAAUCAUUAACAUUUAUAAUAUAUACAGUUAGAGUAAAUAUGUAGAAUUUUAUGAGAUGUUUAAUGUAGAUUCUUUAUCUGAUUAUUGUAAUUAAUGUGAUAAUAAGAACGAGCUCUACUUGAAGUUAUUACUUUUUGUCACCAUUUCCACAGAUACAUGCAUACUGAAAUAAGGAGAUAAUCUAAUGCGAAGUAGAUAAGAUUAUGUAGUUUUUACGUCAAAUUGUAAAUCAAAGUGCUUGUGAGAGAACGAAGGUGAUGGAAUAUAAGAAAUAUUGCUAAAAACGGGCUGAGACUCCAGAGCCUGGAGUCAUGGGUGAGUCUCAAGCCCACUCAGGGCUCCUGAUUUUCAGAGAACGGUUUGCCCUUGAGGGAAUGAAGCCUGGGGCCUUGAACAGAGCUAACUAUCAACAGCCAUAUUGACACUUCAAGAGGCACAACAUGGACAAAUUCUGCAUUUUUUUUCUGAGGACACUUUAGAACAAGGACUUUGCUUGGACAUGAAUCAAAUAUCUUAGUUGUGUGUGUGUGAGUGUGUGUGUGUUUUGAUAACUCCCAAACGUCAAACUGUUCUCCAUAAGUUCCAAGAAAGGACAACCAGUGAAUGAGAAAUAACACUGGUCCAUCAGUGGGAUACCUUCAUGCUUUCUUGAGGCACAAGAAGAUGUAACCGCACCAUUCCUAUUUGUGUCGUCCUCAUGAGGUCCAUACAGCUGAUAUGGCUGAUUAUGAUACAUAUGACUGACGGUCUCUGGUAGGUGGCUGAUUACACAUGGUGUCCAAAAGUAACCGUUCCAGAAUAUCUUUAAGGUUGUUUGUUGGGGUUUUAUGUUGCUUUCUCAGUUCAGUGAAAUUCAAUCUUUAAGCAAUAAUGACGGAAACUGGAACCUUUUUAAGAAAACUGAAGAUUACUCUGUUUCUUUCUCUCUCUCUACUGUUUGUGUACAUGUUUCUUUCCUCGUUCUCUUAAUGUUGUGAGUGCUCUUAAUAGUGUGCACAGUGUUCCUAUGCCAAUCUGGAGGACAUUGGAAAGCUUGCAUUUCUCUCCCUUUAUUUUACACAGCGAUGAAAUCUGUUUGUCACAGGACAGUCAUGAUAAUGUCCAUUGCCAGCAGUGACCAGACAGUGGAUGGCAUUUCUGAUUUCUUCCAUGUUGGGUUUGAGCUAAUUUGACUAUUCGAUUCAUACGUCCUGCUCCAGUUUGACUGCCUUGUGCCAAAAUAUAUACUCAUAAAUUCCUAAAUGCCAAAUUUUUUUCUUCAAUAAUCCGAUAGACUGCACAUACAACCUAGGAGAGUGAAAAUCAGAAAGCACAAAAAAAUUAUGAAGCCUCAUGUGUACGUGUGCGUGUAAACUGAAAAAUAUAUGAAUUGUGUCCAGUGUUUCUGGAAGAUACAGAUUUCAAUAACGCUUCAAAGGGACAUGGCCAGUAUUAAGUAAUUUAAAUAACGACAGACGUAUAUGUUAUUUGUUCUCUGUGCUCAAUACAUUUCUGUCUGUGAUUGAUCUGAACUGUCUGCUGAGACAAAGGAAAACGUAUUUUCAUAGGAUUUUGCGUCUUGGUUUUCUGACAAAUGUGCUGUUUCUCUGUACAGGGUAUGUAUGAAAGCGUGAAAACGAAAUAAAGCAGAGAGAGAGAGAGAAAUAAAUCGAUCAGACUUCCA